AUGCCAGGUGAAAUUGUGAGCGUUCCGUUCCUGUCCCAAAUCGAGGACAUGGACAAGUACCUGCUCGAGUAUCGCAGCUUGAAAUUGAUGCCGCAGAAUGGGAAUGCGUAUGGCGGACAACACGUGCGUUAUAACGGCGGUAGGACUUUAGGUAACAAUAAUUCUGGGUCAGGACCCCAGAACGGUCGUAAAAAGACCUUGGGCGGUAUCAGUUCGACUUCUGGAGCCAGUACGCAGCGAUAUGGGAAUAAUGGAUUGAAAUAUGGACAGCAGGUGAACGCGGGUCCCGGAAUGGGCCCAGGAUCGGGCGUGGCACCUUUGGUUGCGCAGCAGGUUGCGGCGCAACAGGCAUAUCCUAGGUUGUUUUACGGGCCUGGAGGUGGCAAUUCGUUGGGUUUGAACCAGGCGGGCCCGUUGAAUGUUUUCUCACCAGCGAUCAACAGCAUGGGUCAACAGCAGCAAUUUCAGUCUAUACAGCAAGCGCAGCAGUCGCAGCAGCCAACUCAGCCACUCAUGACUGCGAGCUCUUCGUCAAGUUCGACACCACCUCCACGUCUUCAUGCAUCCAUUAGUGGAAGCUCUUCAGUUUCGUCCCUGAGCAACGAAUACGAUUUCUUGCUACCAAGCGAUCUCAAUGGUCAGUUUAUGUCGGUUAACACCGUCGGAGACAUGAACAACACUAAUAGCAUUGGCUCUGUGUUGGGUUCUUCGGGUGUCACGACUGGUGUACCCCUCUCCGGCAGCUACCUUGACUCCGGUUCUGCUGCACCGGCUUUGGUGGGUCACUCAAAGGCUGAUUUUAUGGGAUCUUCGAACUCAGACCUGAGUAGAGGUAUUCUUUCGUCGUUUUUACCGGAAAAUUCGCAUAAAAACAAUGGAUUAUUAUCUAAUACAGGUUCUGCAAGCAUCCUAUUCGGUAGCGGUACCCCAUACCAGGCGCCUUUGUCUGGUUCUGCUGCCAACUCUUCUACCGGUUUCAAUAUGCAUAAUUCAAAAACUUGGGGAAGUAGCACUGCAAGUGCGUCCUCCACAGGGGGGUCAUUUGGUAUUUGGAAUAACGAUAUGAGCGUUUGGAGUUGA